UAAAUGCCCUUUAAACAAAGACGCGUCCGAUCGACUACAGAUUGACUUGUUCCAUAACGGGUUUAGUCCCCCCUUCAGUGUAACUGAAGUCGCCUUCUCAAGUAAUGUACGUGCCAUGCACGCANUCCUGGCUUUCGUUGCAGAAGCGCAAAUUCCUAUUUAAACAUAACAUUAGUACACAUCUAUUCCUGACAAUACCACCACUCUUUAAUCCUAAGUUCCCAGUGAUCACGANUCAGAGUCUUAUACGUGUCGCUAGUAUUGCUCCGGAGCGUGUGCUCCGUAUCUGGUAGUUUUUAAAGACCCUAGAUCUGCGCAGUUNUCUGGGGUACUUUGUUACUCCAGUUGGAGAAAUCAACCAUUCAACCGUUUACGGUGAACAUACCAAGAAAAUCACUAUUCAAGCUUAGAAUGGCGUAUGGACUAUCUUGAGUCGGUCCUUUGAGCCACAUAUGCACCAACCAACCAAAUAUUAAUAACGCGACGGAUGGUUUUGCCGGAAUGACGCGCGUGUGACGGACACCGGGCCCCCGAUCGGCGUCGUUGUGCCGCGGACGGUAGCCCGGAACGGCUAAGUCGAGAAAUGCGCGCCCGCGCUCGCCGCGGUUCUAACGAAUUGCAAAUAAGCCGAGCGCCCGAUGGACGCGGCCAUGUUUCCUGCUAGCAGAAAUCCUGUACAUUAAUAAUUUCGCUAAUUCGUGGACCACGAAGUGGAGCAUGCAGAAUGCCGAAAUGCGAUGUGAAGACAAGAUAUCUGCCAGCUACGUUCGCGUGGACGGUUUUACUCGGCACCACCACGCUCUUCUUCGCCUUCCCGUGCCCGUAUUAUUACAACGUCUAUCCAUGGGGUGUGUUGGUACCCGCUUUACAGGGAGUCAUCACCUUCUUUGUGGUGAUAAACUUUUCGUUAGCGACGUUCAUGGAUCCUGGUGUCAUACCAAAAGCACCUCCUGACGAAGAUCGGGAAGAUGAUUUUCGGGCACCGUUAUAUAAGAAUGUAGAGAUAAACGGUAUUACAGUACGUAUGAAGUGGUGCGUCACCUGCAAGUUCUACCGACCUCCACGUUGCUCACAUUGCAGUGUCUGUAAUCAUUGUAUUGAGACAUUUGAUCAUCACUGCCCUUGGGUAAACAACUGCAUUGGUAGAAGGAAUUACAGAUACUUCUUCUUCUUUCUUCUUUCACUCAGUAUUCAUAUGCUCAGUAUAUUUGGGCUCUGCCUGACCUAUGUGUUGGAGCAUAAACAAAAACUGAGUGAACUUAACACUAUUGUCGCAAUUGUGCUUAUGGGUGUGAUAAUUAUCUUAUUCAUUCCAAUUUUUGGACUGACCGGCUUUCACAUAGUCCUCGUUUCUAGAGGGCGAACCACCAAUGAACAAGUAACAGGCAAAUUUAACGGCGGCUACAAUCCUUUUUCUCGUGGUUUUCUACACAACUGCUGUUACACACAGUUUGGACCACAAUACCCAAGUUUACUUAAACCUGAAAAAUAUUCAGGAAAACGACGUGGAGCUUCUAUAUCAGAGAUAUCUACUAUAGGCAGUGAGAACCAGGUAAAGACCUACAUGGAUAGCAGCAAUGGUGUUAGAAAUGCCAGUUCAAAUGCUUACAAUAAGUUAUCUCCCGGACGAGACGGAUCGGAUACAGACAUGGAACCGACUGCAUCUCAGUCUGCGGACUGCGAACCCACGCCUCCGUUACAAAGACACGGUUCCAAAAGCAAUUUCUUCCUGCCACCUGUGGAGAACAAUGAAUCUCCCAGGCACCCUCCGACCUCGCAACAUCGUCAUCCGAUGCAUUAUCCUAGAGGCAGCCCACAUCCUAGACCAAGAGGGAUGAAUGGAUCUCGAAGUCAUACACCCGAUCCGUUAUCACCGGAGACGAGUGGCUCGCCCGCCACGGCACCUCAACGUGGUCAAGGUCAAGGUGGUGCCAGUCCAACGAUGCAACAGCGCAUCAAAGCUAUUGGAGUUCCCACUCCACUUGCCAUAUCCAGUCCUAUACGAAGAUCAAAUCCAAGUACACCGACCCAGGUUCGUAGGCCGGAUUUCAUAGGCGUGAACGAAACACCUACAUAUUACGAUGUACAGCAGGGAAACAAUCCAGGAGUUAAUGUUGCCGGUUCCGUUGUUACCGGCUACAGCAGUCCGCAACGGCGUUUUCUGUCGGAAGGCGAGCUCGUGCGACAGAACACCGAUCAUUCGUACUCGAGAACCAACAACACGGUCGACAACAUACGCGAACUGGCGGGUUCGCCGCAACGCGGUGUCUACAUGUGGAAGGACAACUCGCCCGGCAGCUAUCCAGGUCCACCACCCGCCGGAGGUGCGACGAGCGGCGUUAUGCCACAUCAAUCGCCCUCGCAACGGCCACCUCCGCCAUAUGACUAUUAUCGGUCCAAUCCCACAAGUCCGACCCAACAGCCGCAGUAUACGACAAACCCCUCCAGAGUUGCCUAUCAUCCGGCCAUGAGGGGCGGAGUGCCAGUCUUCCCGCCGCAUCAACCGCAUCAGUCGCCGCAAGUUAAACGGAAAGCAGCUACGAUGGCGACGCCCACGACACCGACCUCGAGAGAGCGUCGACCGAUGUCGUUCGUCAAAGCUUUACAGAACGUAGAGUUGGCCGAUUCUAUGGAGAUGGUCUCGGCGCCUAACGACUCGCGAUCACAAAGACCGACGACACCGACGCCAGAUCGGGCAAGUGUGUACGAUAUGAACUAUGAGAUAUCCGUAUAGCCCACCUUUCCGGUCUCCGCACCAUCCUGCGGCUGGACGGAGAUUCUAAGAGAGCCGCCGAUCAGUCUGCGCGUCUCGCGCUCCAACGAUGAAAGGAUGUAUGCCGUUUAUGAGAUAUCCGUCUGAAUUCUUCCGCGCAAUUCGUUGCAGCAGUUACACGUGUUCAGAAUUGUGUGAAAACGUGUGAGCGUGUUUGAAAUUAAGAUAAACCGCGGUUGAUUUCGCAAUUUAAUUACCUAAUCGCAGUUCUAUUCUUGAGAGAUAUAUGAGCAUCAAACCUGUUGCGGCAAUCAGAGGAUACACGCAAUACGUGUGCAAAACUGACAAACCUCACCGUCACCAUAGUGAUACACGCGUGUGUGCGAAUCCAUAUAUCGCGAUCGAACUGUCUACAGCACAUUACUCAAUCGGUCUAUCGACGUAUUCGUUUCACGAGCUAUUCAAAUUUUGAUUCAUUGGUGAAUUCAUAUAUACACGUUAAAAACAAAAAAAACAAAAAAAAAAAACUUUUGUUUCUUCCGAUUCUUUCUUCGAUAUUUCGAAAUCUUUAUGUCGGUGCGAACAGCGAAGAGCUCUCGCGUUCCACGCGAGACGCGCCAAUAGUGUAUAAACGCUAAUUUAUCAUCGUAUACCAGAGCAAAUGUUAUUGAUUCGGUCGUAAGUGAAAGAAAAAAAAAAAAAAAACAAAUAGAUUCCAUGUGUGUAGUAAAUGUCCGUUUACGUCGAGAAUAACAGCGUUCGGCCCGACUGACGACGCGCGAGUUAUAACGAGUCACGGAGGCUUCAACGAAAGUAUAUUCCGAGCGCACAGAGGUUGACCUUUAUUGGAAUCAUCACCGAUAAUCGGCCCUCUCGCUUGACAGAAGCAAUUAUAUUUUUUAGUACGUGUUUAAAGUCAGUUUAGAUUUUUAUACAAUGAUAACACCGUGACUCAUCCUCACAUAGAAAUGCGGUAUUAAUCUAAAACGUCAUCUCUUCUGUUUUCCUGUUUUUUGUUUGUACAUCCAUUAAAGCCGAUAAGGUGCAUGAUUUGAUAAGUGAAAAGAGAGAGCGAGAAAGAGAGAAAGAGAGUGCGUGUAAGAAAGAGAGAGAGAGAGAACAUUUAAGGAUUAUUUUAUAAAAAAUCCUUAUUAACUCUCUUUAGAUAUAUCGGAGGAGAAAUUCGUGUCCAUUAGAAAAAAAAAAAAAAAAAGAAAAAAAGAAGAGUUACUUAACCAACUUAAGUCAUUAUCGGGUUAGAAUAACAAAUUCUGUGUAAAAUAAUCGUCAAAUACGUAGUAAAUUUUUAAUAUACAUAUUUAACAAUAUUUAUACGUAAAUGGAUUAAAAAAGGAUACAAGACUUUAUAUGAUUUGACCUGUUACGAAUGCUGAUUUUAUCGAUGUGUCUACUAACAUGUUUUUUUAUUUCAUACGUAAAAAGUUCGCAAAAGAAAGAAGACUACGAGGAGGCGAGAAAAAAGAGCGAGAGAGAGAAAGAGUAUGUGUGCGCGAGAGUGUAUAAAAAAGCGUGAAUGUGAGAAAAUGCGUUUACAGAGGAGUGAAAGGUAGUACAGUCCUAGUUUCUCAAAUUGUAUACACGACGGGUGGCUGUUCAUACGCGCGAACAUAAAAUAAAAACUAUUUUGAUUUUUUGUUAAAAAAAAAAAAAAAAAAAAAA